AUGGAAAUGCUGCCGGCGCCCAAAUUAGACAAGUCCGCGAACCAAAGUUCGAGCGACGGCGAUGAACCCACGAACCAGGAUGGUUCACAGUCCCCGCCCACGUCCCAAGAAGAUGGGGCCACCAACGGGACCAUCAAGCGGGACCCGCAAAAGCCCGAGAACGGAUUAGACCCGACCAACCCCAACAGCCGGGCCGACCAGGGCUAUGGGUCUACCGAGUCUUCUUUCAAUGGCCAAAGCCAUAAAAGCGGCGGCGGUAGUCUCACGAAGAGCCGCAACAGCGGCUCAAGUCAGAGCAGCGGCUUCGGAGACCAGCACAAGAAAGCCACGCAUACGACCAGCCUGACCAGCUCUGACCAGGAGAACAAUGCUAGAACACUGCAGAUCGAGACUCAGCAUAGCAGCGAUGGCAAGACCCAGGAACUUAAUGCUGAUCUCGCAGCUAUCUCCUGCAGAUCUUCCUCCGUGGGAGCUGAUAAACUGCAGGAAGGGCAGCACUACAGCUCCAGCAUUCCAAGAGAGAAAAGAACAAAGGAGCAGAAGCAACGGGACUUUAAACGGAAGAAGGUAGAAGACAGCAACCACUACCAGCCCUACGAUGGCCAUCCUCGGCCACCGGAAACCUACUCCUUUGCCUCGGCCGCCACCCGACCUACCGAACAUCCCGAUAAACACGUUAACGAUUUAGCCUCACCUCCACUUUCAAUCCAGUCGCAGAAGGACGAAUUCAGAGAUCCUACAAGGAGCAGUUCAGGACCAAACUGUCCCAAAAACGAUCAUGGCGUCACUUCCAAGAUGCUUUGCCUUCAGUCGAGUAAUUUGCCGCCUUCUGGAAUCGCAAAAAGGCCGCUGGAGUCCAGCGCAGGGACCGCGGGCCAACAAAGUUUCUUUUCGCAUUGCCCUGCCAGCACUUCCUACACAAUUAGCACAUCUUGCCGCGUAAAGAACGAAGUCUGUGAUCAACCCACGGCGAUCUACACUCACGCACUCAACUACAUCAGGCGUAUCAAGGAGAGAUUCUCGAGCACAGGGCCAGUGUUUCAGAACCCUGAAUGGGAUCAUCUUUCCAGCAACCACAGUGAAACUAUCGCCGAUUUCAUCAAGAACUUCGGUAGUAACCAAAGAGGAUUCACGAUGGUCCUUAGCAUCCGUGACGGUACGGUCGUGCGGGUGUCCACUAACAUCCUAGACAUCCUGGGCUUCCCAGAGGACAGCGUCGUGGGCCACUCCUUCAUAGACUUCGUGUAUCCUAGGGACUCCGUACACUUCUCCUCGAAAAUUGUCAGCGGCAUGAGCUUCUUCUCGAAAAAUUCUUCUGCCAGAUCUGAGAGUCUUCUACCGCCCUUCUACUGUCGAGUGCGGGAGAACAAAGUCUACCAGGCGUCCGCCUUUGACCUACGCGGUAAAAAUUCAUACAAGCCGUGCAAAAUUACACUCAAGUUCAACGACGCCUUAACGCCUGCCGGCGAGGAGCCCAUGGCGCCUAUUUCGCCUUUCCAACUGCCUGCGCCUGAUGUUCUGCUUGCUGAAGUUAUUCCUGUACCAUCUUUCUACCGAGUUCCCGACGAAGUUAUCAAUGGCGGCAACUUCAUAAUCAGGCACUCGGCAUCCUGCAACUUUUCUGAAUAUGAUCCUGACGCCAUUCCGUUCCUGGGACAUCUUCCGCAGGAUCUCACCGGCAACUCCAUUUUUGACUGCUACCACCCUGAGGAUCUACCGCUACUCCUUACCAUUUACAGGGAAAUCAUCAGAGAAGAAGGGAAGCCCUUCAGAAGCGAUGCCUACCGCUUCAGAACGUUCAACGGCAGUUGGGUUGUGCUGGAGACCGAGUGGCUGUGCUUCGUCAACCCCUGGACACGCAAGAUCGAUUCUAUCAUCGGCCAACACAAAGUUGUCAAGGGCCCCAAAGACAUCUCAAUCUACAUGGAGCAGUGCGAAGGCUCUACGUAUUCUGAGGAGGUCUGCGUGGUCGCCCGCAACGCGCGUCGUGAGAUCAUCGAUCUCUUGUCUAGAGUGAGUUUAUGUUCAUACAAUUGCAAUAGCGCAGGCAUGUCUCAGGCAGCGAAGGGAGAGUCGCUGCUGUCAUCGUCAGAGUCGCCGUCCACGUACAGUCGCCUGAACUUCUCCUCCACGAUGAUGCGGUGCGUUCCAAUACUCAGUACAACAACUCUGAUUAUGUACUUCUCCAAUUCGAUGCCAUCAGGAGUUAACAAGUCGCUCUACAUGUCCGGGUAUGGACCAGGAUCGGGAGACUCAAUAUAUUUAACGAGGAAAUACGGAAGCAAAGACGUCACGGACAGCGGCAGCGGCGAAAGUGCCAGCGGUCCCAGCUCAGCGAGCGGCGGCCCGAGGCUACCAAGCUACCGUCACGUCCCGCUGACAGAAGAAGUUCUGUCUCGACACAACGAAGAGAUGCAGAUGCUCUUCAUGGAACGACAGAAGAAGAACUCUGUAGCUCUUCCUGGGCCCUCACGGCAGAGGGAACGACUUUCCGGACAGAACCUGAAGCAGACCAAGAGAUUUGCGAGAAUGCCUCCUUCGCAAUGUGGUUUGAAGAGACCUAAUUCCGGCAGCCAGAGCGGGGACCAUCGUCCUCACAAGUUCCCUUUUAUCGAGAAAACUUCAGCGAAACUUUCUGAUCCUGCGGGACUGUCUCAUGUUAAUGGAGCUUUACAUGUGGACAACAAACUCACCAACAGUUCCUUCAACAGCGGAUCCGGAUCUCGGGUGGCUCAGGUCAACGGUCGAACAGACAUGGCGGUUCCUAUGAACCCUGCCACAGGUUCACAGGAACAGCUACAAGCUCCUUACUAUAUCCCGGGUCAUCCUCUACCCGCACACUCCUGCGGCUUCCAGAACUCAUCCCUGCCAUCCGACCCUUCUACUAGUCUGUCCCAAGAACCCCAACUUGCUGCCAACCCUCAUCAGUACCCCAUUGCACCAAUGAUAAUGGGGCCACAUCAGGCACACUUUAUGACGCCUCAAGGUCUUGCCCUGCCCUACCACUACAUGGGAGGUUACCCCGGUAUGUACAUACCUCAUCCACCGUUCAACCAAACCGUCAUGUACGGUGCCGGGCCCCUAAUGAUGCCCAACAUGAUGUCAAACAUGAUGCUACCUCAUCCAUUCGUCCAAACAUCCGUCAGCAACAAUACUCGUCACGUCUCUCCCAUUAACCUGAACAAUUCGUCGAGACAAGUCGACAACCCGUCACACGUCGCUCAAGUCGGGCCCCCAGAGCGGUCUUCGCAGAGCCUGCAGCAACGAAACACUGAUCACCACUACACUCACAAUCAUCACCAACAGCAGGCACAACACCCACUUGUUCACCCAAAAUCCCCACACGCUGUGGUUCAUCUCCGCAAACGCUCGGACUCUCGGGCCACCUCAGUCAAAGUCGAGCCUGGCUCGAUGAGGGGCAGUGUUGCAUCGGCAUCAGGUCUGCUCAGAUGCUCGAUGUCUCAUCGGCCCGAGAGUCUGCGGUCCGAGAACGACGAACCCGGCCAGACCGAUCAAGGGCUUAGCUACGCACCCCACGCCGCCUCCCCUCCCUCCCACUACUCGCGGUCCACGAGUGUCUUGGGGGAGGCCGAGAGCACAGCGUCGCCUGACAAGCUUCUUACCUCAGUGGACGGGCAGCACGCCGAGAACAGCUGUGACAUGGUCAUGUCAGACAGCUCCCCUGGUCAAGAGAGUCUGCCAAUGCUGUCAGAAUUUUCGGUCGACACCAGCGAGAGUGCGAGAGGGCUGCCCCCCUCCUGCGACGACCGGCCGGUCCUACAGGACCCCCCCUGGCUGGACCCCAUCGAGGUGACCCCUCAGCUGCUGUUCCGGUACCAACUGCACACCAGGGAGCUCGGUGACGUGCUCAGGAACGACAUGCUGGCGCUCAGGAGCCUCAACCAGCCGGCGCUAGUGGAGGACCAGCUCUCCUCCCUCUACCAGGAGCUCGAGAUCGAUGGUGAACAGUUGCAGCUAGACGAAGGAAUAACUUCUUCUUCUGGUGAAGAACAGCUCGAGACUUCCACCAAGACAUCAAGUGAUGCAGAGCCUACAAGAGCAGCCAAGAAGUCACGCUCUACACCUUUCCUCGACAAGCAGGCGGCGCUCCACGAGACAGAAGCCGCCAUACCCCUACCUGAACUCCGCGACUCCAACGUCUCCCAGAAUUCCCCUUUUGCACCUAGCCGCAGAUCCCUGAAAGAUCAAAUGCUCUCAUGAUCCCUGCGUUCACACAAGUACAAGAUCAUUUAGUUUAUGCUGCCGGGUCCGAGUAUCGGGAGUCUCUUAAACUCUCCCUUCAAUUUCAAUUUUUGAUAGCGCCCUCUGCAUUAGCUCUAAAUUGGGUUCUAAUAGGAGGCAGGAGAUUUAAUUUUGAUGUAUCAACUAACAGUUGAAAAUACUAUAUUUUUUUACGGCCAUAGCAAAGGAGAGACAUUUAGGCUGAAUAACUUAUUAAUAUUACUACAUGGUCUUCAUUUUUCAUGAAAAAAUAAGGAAAAAAAUAUACCACGGAAAUUAUUCAUUGAUCGGUUGAGGCAUCUAUAUGACCCAAGAAAUGCAACAUUGACCGUCCAACAUUGAAGUGGAGCUUUGAUUUGAAUGUACCCAUUAAAUACAUUAAUGACCCUAUAUCGUGGAGCAAUCGGCCAGUCAUAAAUCCGAUUUAAUAAAAAAGUGAGGAAGAAGUUCCUUAUUUUCGAGUCAGCUCGCGUGCUGCGGCUAUGAAUUUCACGAUUGACAAAUAUUGUAGUUUCCAAACUACUGAAUAAUUUAUGGAUAUUGUGUCAAAUAAUUUCAUGAGUCUAUAGCUUAUAAUUAUUGUUUUAAUGAUUUUAGAUAAUAAUGUACAUGUAUCCGAUGCGACUCUCCGUCAUACAUAGGAUAAGGAUAACAUUGUAGGAUUACAGAUAAAAGAGUUCAAUUUUGUGUUAGGUUGUAUUGUUAAGUCCAUGUUUUUACACGCUAGAUAGAAUAAUGGCAUCGUUACCUUCCCAAUAGUCGAAUGUGUUUCCACUAAAGCAUUGGUUCAGUGGCCAGACUUAUAAAAAAAUAUUUACGUUCAAAAAUCUUAAGUGUUUAUGACGUUAUUUAACCAAAAAUAACUUGGGACCUAAAAUUUUCUUUAUGACGUUCUUACCAACUGAGAAGCUUAAAUGAGUAGCACUUAUCAAUAAAAAAUUAAUUUUUAUUAUUCAGUGUAAGAUUCGAAAAUUCAUCCGAAAAUUCGAUAAUUAAUAAUAUAGGAAGUUUUGAUGUAAACGAUGCCUUACCCUUAUUCACAAUAUGUCUGAUGUUGCACGAAAUAUGUUGCGUGUCCGUACCAUCUUGUGUUGGCGAAGAACCUCGAGUAAUUUCUACAAUGGAUAACAAAUGAAACUAAAUUAAAUUUAAUUGUUUUAUGUAAUUUGUGAACAAUGUGUGUGUUUACACAUUGUUUCUUGUGUGUGCUAAGGUAAAAUUGUUUGAUGGAAUGAACACAGCUCGUUUAGCUUCUCUGCCUCUAGGUUAAAUAUUCUGUUUGAUUUUUGUUAUUAUAUUUAAUGUAUUUGUUAGACCGACGUCCGUGGACCAAUGUUAUAUUCAAAAGCAUAGUACACGGCAGACAUUUUUUUUAAUAAUUCAGUUUUAUGUCUAUCUUUAAGAAUUUUACUGUAUAAGAUAGAUAUUGAGUCCAUUUUAACGAAGGUGCUAUUUUUAUAUCAUGAUGACCUCAACAAUAAAGUUAUAAAUAUUUUCCCACGCGGCCUAAAACGAUAAAUUGUUUUUCAACUUCUUCCCUCAUCCAAAAAAUCGGGAAGAACUCUAAAUUAAAUCAGGUAUGAUUAGGAUUUGGGCUUGACGGCUGAUCGACAGAGAAGCAGAUUGUGCCGAAACUCACUAAAAAAAUAUUUGUUGGCAUUAAAUUUAGAAUACACUUUAAAAUUCAGUGCUAAUAAAUUC